AUACCGCUGGGAUAAUUAAGAAGAAAAUAUGAAAACUUAAUUCCAGUGAACUAGAAAAUAGAAAAAGAUAAAUAAUUUCUAGAACCAACUAAGCGAUGAAUAAUAAGUUAUCAAUGGGGAGAGAUAGCAGAAUCAAUCAGGAGACAGCCCCGGCAGGCAGCAAAGCUAUCCUUGGUAGAAAAGGAUAUUCUGGAAGAUGAUCAUCCCCUUUACUGGACUAAUCCAAGGAGGGCUGCAGGAGGGACUUCAGGUGACCCUCCAGGGGACUACCAAGAGUUUUGCACAAAGGAUUGUGGUGAACUUUCAGAACAGCUUCAAUGGAAAUGACAUUGCCUUCCACUUCAAUCCCCGGUUUGAGGAAGGAGGGUAUGUGGUUUGCAACACGAAGCAGAACGGACAGUGGGGGCCUGAGGAGAGAAAGAUGCAGAUGCCCUUCCAGAAGGGGAUGCCCUUUGAACUUUGCUUCCUGGUGCAGAGGUCAGAGUUCAAGGUGAUGGUGAACAAGAAAUUCUUUGUGCAGUACCAACACUGCGUACCCUACCACCUCGUGGACACCAUCGCUGUCUCCGGCUGCUUGAAGCUGUCCUUUAUCACCUUCCAGACUCAGGACUUUCGUCCUGCCCACCAGGCACCCGUGGCUCAAACUACCAUCCAUAUGGUUCACAGCACCCCUGGACAGAUGUUCUCUACUCCUGGAAUCCCUCCUAUGGUGUACCCCACCCCAGCCUAUACCAUACCUUUCUACACCCCCAUUCCAAAUGGGCUUUACCCGUCCAAGUCCAUCAUGAUAUCAGGCAAUGUCUUGCCAGAUGCUACGAGGUUCCAUAUCAACCUUCGCUGUGGAGGUGACAUUGCUUUCCACCUGAACCCCCGUUUCAAUGAGAAUGCUGUUGUCCGAAACACUCAGAUCAACAACUCCUGGGGGCAGGAAGAGCAAAGUCUGCUUGGGAGGAUGCUCUUCAGUCGAGGCCAGAGCUUCUUUGUGUGGAUCUUAUGUGAAAGUCACUGCUUCAAGGUGGCUGUGAAUGGUCAACACAUGUGUGAAUACUACCACCGCCUGAAGAACUUGCACGAUAUCAACACUCUAGAAGUGGCGGGUGAUAUCCAGCUGACCCAUGUGCAGACAUAAGCAAGGUCUCUGGCCUAGGGAUAAGGGCUGGGGCACCCUGCCUAUGUCUUGUCAUCUCUCCCCUGUCUCAGCCCUGGCACCAUCAAAAGAGAUCAUCACUUACAGGAAUUCCAGGAAGGUGAAAUUCCCAAUUGACUCCCCUCCACAAAGGGGGUGUCCUGGGCUGUGUGGCACAUGGCUGUCAGCCCAUAGUCUGAGCCAUUGCCCCCAAGCUAGCUAUAUACUGAGGGAAGUGACCCUCCUGGGUUUGCUCAGAUCUCUGAUCUUUCCCCCCUCUGUGGCUCUUUUCCUUCACCCCUCCAGGAGAGCCACCUUGAUAUCAUCCCACUGGCCUUCAACUGACCCACAAUG